UCCAGCACUCAUCUCCAAAGGACUCAGGCACCAGAGACGACCAUAAUGCAGGGCAAAGGAAUACAAGGCUUGCUUACACACAGAAGAGUUGUAGGCUUUACUUUCCAAGCCACCUGCUGCUUUUGCCACCAUGGAUGAUGCUGCAGUCCUCAGAAGAAAAGGUUACAUCAUGGGGAGCAAUUUAGGGGAGAGUUCUUUUGCCAAAGUGAAAUCUGCCUACUCAGAGCGCCUGAAAUUUAACGUGGCAGUGAAAAUUACCGACAGGAAAAGAGUUCCUGCUGAGUUCUUGGAAAAAUUUCUCCCCAGGGAACUGGAGAUAUUGGCAAAUGUAAACCAUUGUUCCAUCAUCAAGAUAUACGAGAUCUUUGAGACAUCUGGCAAAGUCUAUAUAGUCAUGGAGCUCUGUGUACAUGGAGACUUACUGGAGUUCAUCAAGAGCAACCGAGGUUUACCUGAAGGAGUAGCACGGAAGAUGUUUCGCCAGCUAUCUUGUGCCGUCAAAUACUGUCACGAUUUGGACAUUGUCCACAGGGACCUGAAGUGUGACAACAUCCUACUGGACAAAGACAUGAACAUCAAGCUGUCUGACUUUGGCUUUUCCAAACGGUGCUUUUGGGAUGAGAAUGGGAGAAUGAUCCUUAGCCAAACCUUCUGUGGCUCGACUGCUUAUGCAGCUCCUGAAGUGAUACAAGGUAUUCCCUAUCAGCCCAAAGUUUAUGAUAUAUGGAGUCUAGGUGUCAUUUUGUAUGUGAUGGUCUGUGGGUUUAUGCCAUAUGAUGACUCCAAUGUUAAGAGAAUGGUCCGCCUACAGAAAGAGCGGAGAGUAAUCUUCCCAGACUUCUUGACACAAGAAUGCAAAGAUCUUAUUUUCCAAAUGCUGCAGCCCAACGUGUCUCACCGGCUACGAAUUGAAGAUGUUUUGAGCCACACUUGGGUGCAAGGGAAGCACCGGAAGUCAUACCACACAUGCUUGAAUAAUCAAUAAACCACUAAACACACAAAAGCACAAGCAAGGAGGGUAAGCAGGAUCUAUUUUUAAUCAGCUGUCCCACUGCUAAGGACUGUAACUGUUGCUAUGAUCAGUGUUUUCCUUUGCUCAAUAUGCCCUGUCAUUUUCACUGUGAGAUCUUAUAACCACUUUCACAUUUAGAAACCAGCUACGUCGCAGACAGCCCCCAUGUGAAACAACAUCAUUGCUGUUGGGGUUACUGUGAAUGUCAGCUUUUGAUGUCACACAGAUAUUCUCCUUCCAGUGCUGUAGCCAGCAGUUUCAGCCUCUGCCCAUCCCACCAUUACCUCACUUAUUGGCACCAGAAGCAUGUAUUGGUCCUUUCCAUGGAGAGGCAAUAUCCUGUGCCAAAGAAAUUAGAAACUAUGAUUGACGUGACAUGCCAGAGAAGUGAGAACUAGCCUCAGAGUUAUCUAGGAGUGAUCUUCUAAGAGUGUAAUA